UCUAUUUCCUAAUUCACACCUCCUCCCUUGAAUUAAACGUUGUCAACGGCUGCUUCGUGACGCGUUUCACGUUAAUAACCAUAGUCGGCGGACGUCGCGGAGGACGUUACAUGAAGUUGACAACACAAAAGCAACAUGGAGGUCUGUCGCGGUCCCUCCGAGGCUUUCCUCCCCGCCGCUGGGCUAGCGUUAGCCUCAGGGCCCCUCAAGCUAAAUGGGAUGCGUUCACACCGAUGAACGUGACGUCGUGCCUCUGCCGCCAGGUGUUGCACAUCUGUAGACGAUUGAUGCUGACACCUGUAGGUUCAGCCAUGGAACCUGCUGGUUCCCAGGUCUACCUGAUGAGUAUGAGCCUGACCACAGAGCCCCCUAACGAUGUUCCUGCCGUUACACAAGAGCCAGAGAGCAAAAUGGCCGCAGUCGAGAAGGACAAGAAGCCGGAUGAAGUGGCGGAGGAAGAGGAGGAGGAGGAGGAAUACGUGGUGGAGCGGGUCCUGAACCGGCGGGUGGUGAAAGGGAGGGUGGAGUACCUCCUCAAGUGGAAAGGCUUCUCUGAGGAAGACAACACGUGGGAGCCGGACGACAAUCUGGACUGUCCAGAUUUGAUCGCCGAAUUCCUGCAGUCGCAGAAGUCGGCACACGACGGGAAGAGGAAGGCAGCCGGAGACGCCGAAGGAGACGAGAGUAAAACAAAAAAGAAAAAAGACGACACAGAGAAGCUCCGGGGCUUCGCUCGAGGUCUGGAUCCAGAGAGGAUCAUCGGCGCCACGGAUUCCACCGGAGAGCUCAUGUUCCUCAUGAAAUGGAAAAACUCAGACGAGGCUGACCUGGUGCCGGCGAAGGAGGCCAACGGGAAGUGUCCGCAGGUGGUCAUCUCCUUCUACGAAGAGAGACUCACUUGGCACUCGUAUUCCGCGGAGGGUGAGAAAAAAGAGGAGAAGAACUAACACGUGGGGAGAGAAAAGAAGAUCGGUAGCUCUGAACUUGGUGGUACCUUCCGGAUGGUGGAGCAUCACUCGUCUGAUUCUACUCGUAUCUGGAUGUUAUCAAAUUGUUUGUAUGCUUCAGGUUGACAGAACCCACGUGGAACGUAAAGCGCAGUGUUGGUUUUCAGUUGUAAGUCCCCGGUCGACUUCAUGUGGUCCACACACCCGUCCUCUCGCUGCGACAUCGUAUCAGUGAGCUGAACCUAUUAUUCCAUCUUGGUGCCUUUUUUAAAUAUUCGGUUCAUUGGUGCUUUUGGAGUCUGAACUGUUUCCGUUUUAGCUGUUUUGGUGUUUAGAUCUUUGGAGAGUUUUUCAUUGUCACCUGAUGCUUGUCGCUUUUUGGAGAAUAAAUCAUGUCUUUUGUUACUUUUCUGUUUA